UUAAUGCCACGUUAAUGAGCCAUUAUGUUCUUCAUAUACCUCUCACCAAGUGAGUCUUCUCAAGAAUGAAAUUUGACAGUACAGAUGACAGUGAACAUGUGAUCAUGUUUCCUAUACAGUGUCACUUCAGGUUGGCCAAUCAAACGCAGUCUUGUCUAUGAGGAGUGGAGAAAAGUAAAUGAUCUUUUCAUUUCACACGGCAAGUUGAACACGAUGACAUCUCCAGUGUUUGCUUUCUAUCUCACAUGUCUGUUCUUGGUGGAAAUGGCUCAGAUGACUGAUCUGAAAUUCUCCUCAUCUGUUCAUCAAGACAGUGGUUUUAUAUCAGCUAAUGUUGGUGAUGAGGUGACUUUGCAAUGUUCCUAUGAAGGUGCUGUUUCAAGGCUUUACUGGUAUAAGCAAAUUCUAGGGCAGAAACCAAGGCUCAUCUCCACCUUCUACAACUACGAAAGUAAUGGCACUUUUCAUAAUGAAUUACAGAACAAUCCACGUUUCACAUUGGAUAAUGAAAACAAGAAAAAUCACUUGAAGAUCACAGAUUUGCACAUCUCAGACUCAGCUACUUACUACUGCAUAAGUAGCUAUUCAUACUCGUAUGAAUUUUUAGAGAGCAUUAUUGUCAAUGUAAAGGGUUCAGGUUUGAACAUUGAAGCUUCGGUCCAUCAGUCGGCAUCUGAGAGCAUCCAGCCAGGAGUCUCUGUGACUCUGAACUGUAUAGUACACACUGGGACCUGUGAUGAUGGAAAACACAGUGUUUACUGGUUCAAAAACUCUCAAGAAUCUCAUCCAGGAAUCAUUUACACACAUGGAGGCAGGAAUGAUCAGUGUGAGAGGAACAGCAACACACAAACACACACCUGUGUCUACAACUUGCCAAUGAAGAGUCUGGAUCUUUCACAUAAUGGGACGUACUACUGUGCUGUCGCCUCAUGUGGACAGAUACUAUUUGGAAACGGGACAACGUUGGACAUUGAGAAUGAGGUGGACUCUCUUGUCUUGGUGUAUUUCUUGAGUGGAGCUUUGGUGUUCACCACCAUCCUCAGUGUUUUAUUGGCUUUCUACAAGAUGAGCAAGAGCAAUAGCUGCCAAUCUGCAGAGUCUCAGGCAAGAAUUUCAGCUCCCUCUACAGUCAAUGCGAAGGGUUACAAAGAUGCAGACAACCUGUAUUAUGCUGCUUUAAGUGUGAACCUGACCAACAGACGAAGAAGACAGAACCAAACCUGGAGUGAAUGUGUGUACUACAGCGUAAAGUAGUAGAACUGGACAUGUUUCAUUUGUACUUUGUGCAUAAGACAUUAUAUUGUAGAAUCUCUUUGAAGGUGUAACAUGGAUUUAGUUUUUAAAUUUGAAAGAAAGUGUUUUAUAGCUUCUUAAAUCUCUUGCUCUGCUUUGGUAUUUUUAGGAUAUUCUAUUUUUUGUGUGGUCUGAAUCAGAAUAUCUGCACAAUGUUACUUUGUUUUUUGCAAAUAAACUGUGUAUCUAAGUUCAUAUUUA